AAAAAAAUAAUAAAAGACAAUAUGCAGAGCUAUCAACGAAACGAAAGUCGAGCGCCAUUUUUGUCAGUUGUCAGCUUCGUGUUUUCGCAAGUGUUUUAAGUGAAAUUUUAUCGUGCGAUUUUGCAAUAAGUCGGUGUUGAGAAUUACUAAAUUUGGUUUCAUCGAAAAUGAGCGCCAAUGCGCUGGGUGGCACUGGGAAUCAGACUGCACUUGCAACUACGACGACGACUGUACCGCCUGUAGAAAAGAGCAUUGAUGAGAUUGUGGAUUCCCUGGAACACACUGAACGAGAAGCAAUUGUCAUAGCCAGCAGUGGCAAAAGCGUCGGUGGCGGAAAAAAUGUCAACGAGCGGAAAUCAAGUGUAGUUGCAUCCGCAAAUGCUGAUGAAAAACUGCGCAAUGGGUUGGAGUCUAAGGUGACUGAACUACUGGGUUCUGUGAUAAUGCAUAAUUGUACUGGCACCCGUGCCAGCGCACGGGUAAUUCAAAAGAUGAAGCAGGAUCAGACGCGGCCUCUAUCACCACCACCAAAUGAACGUGAGCAGCACAAACGCGAUGAGAAAACAAUGCAGAAGACACCGUCGCAAUUGCGCAGCAAUAAGCCGACAUGGACAAAUUUAGAGCGCAAUCACUUUUUUGACGCUUUAAACGAGUUUGGUAAGGACUUCGAGGCGAUUGGCAAUUAUAUAAACACUAAACUGAAACGCAGAAGCUCAGCAGAUGGAGCAUUUAAAACGAAAGAUCAAGUGCGGCAACAUUACUAUCAGACCUAUCAUAAAAUUUGCAAAUACAUAAAAUUCUCCGACGAGGUUAAGAAGCCUGUCCAGGAGUUGUAUGCACUUAUCAAUUACGGUGAAAUGCGAAGGAAGCUUCAGUUUGUUGCUGAUAAGCACUUUAUGAAAUUACGAAAUCUUGUUUAUCAGGGCCACAUAACACUGCGUUGUAAAGGAAAGAACUUACGAAUUAAAACGCCGUCGUGCAAAGCGCUGCGUAGACUGAACCAAUUAGAUGACUCCCUUGAGGACAUUCGUUUGCCUUCGAAAAUAGAAGUGGUUGUUAGCCCCGCCACCAUGGAAGCAUUCGGCCGUGUUCAGACUGUUGCUCAAAAUCCCCGCGUUCGCACCACAGUCCCUCUUCAUAAAAAACUUGUCAAUUUCAUCAAAACGUUUCAAUUAAAAUGGCGAAGCGCUGAACAAAAGCUAGCAGAAGAAGAAUUGAAAUUAUUCCCGCCAGUCACUGCACCUAUACCAAUUCUACAUUCAGCAGAGUGUAAUGGCUCGCAGUCAGCAGAUAAUACAGAGAGACUACCUGCCUUUCAAGAUCCUGAAAUGUGUUUUUUGCCCAAACCAGAUGUGGCUAUACAUCGUCCAUUAUUGAGCAUCACGGAGUACCUUGGUAGUGGAAAUAUCUGUCUGGCAGCUUAUGAGGAACGAAUGGGAGUGAAAGUACGGGGCGAGACACUGUGCCAAGAGCGUGCAGCUAAUAAGAGGCCUCGCACUGAAAGUGGUUCCGAAAAGCGUUCGCCAGAUUCGAAGAAAAAUAAGCAAUUAAGCAGUCCACCUUAUGAAAAACCUGAUUGUGAAGUACACGCUGGUGAUGUAGCUCUUAAAGAGGAGCUUGGCUUGACCCUAGAGCACGAAGUUGCGCCUGCUAAAUGUGAAAGCAGCAGCGAUGAGUUGAGUGACGAGCUGAAUGAGUUGCUCAAUGCUGACAUGGAUGACAAUGUAACGAUAAAGGAAGGUCCCGACAAUUUACCCGAAGAUGUCAAGCCCAAUUUAAAUGAAAGUGAUAUAUCAUAUACAAUAAAUGCAAAUUUGCAUACUUCCAAUCAAAACCAAAUCACUGCCGGUAAUACGACCCGUAUGCGUCGACCUACCAACGCGCGAGGUACCGGACGGUCCAGCGCUCCUAAUUUUAAACCACUUAUCAGCGAGGAAGUUAUACGUCGUAUUAGAAAAGGGUGGACCAUUUCAACUGCAGCUGAUAUUACCAUAGGCGAUCUCUAUGUGGUUCUGGGGCAAGAUUCGAAGCUCGAAUUGGAGUACUACUGGACAGAUAGGCAGCAACAACAGCAGCCGUGUGCAAAUGCUUCUUCCACCAGUAAUACUCUGAACAACGUCAAUAGUGGCAAUAGUAGCUGUAGCAUGACAUUCGGCGGCGGUGGCAGCAAUUCAAACGGUUCUAGUAUUUUCGAGUCCAUGACGCAAUCGGAUACAAAAGUCUUCAUGCAAAAACAGAAUGGUAUGCCAUACAAUCCCAGCGAAUGUAAUGAUUCUGCUUUGCUGAAGUCGCUUUCAACCGCUGGUGUUGCAAAUAAGCUUAAGCAUCUGCUGUUGAUUGCCAAUCUGAGCGAGAGAAUGCGCAAACGGCAGUGUUCUUGUGGACACAUAUGCGAUCGUAAUGUAGCCAAAACAAGACUCGAACGAAACUUGGCCACGAAGACUUAUGUAUCUACGAAAACUUUUUCAACAAAUAACCCUAACGAAAGCAAUAACAUUUUUCGGCAACCGGUGGUGCCUAUACGACGACCACUCUUCAAUAUGGAUGGUGUGAAACAAAUAAAUCCAGUCUCUCGUCAAAGGCAGUCGAUGCGUCAAGUGCUGGUACAACGUAUGCUGCUACCGGGUGGCAGUACCACAAAUCAGACGUACGAUGUUUUGAACGUUAAAAAUUUUGAUAAGUCUCAAAAAAUGCCUGAAAAAGCAGUAGAUACUUCAGAAAGUGCUGUCGUAGAAUCUCGUGCGACCCAACAAAACGACUUGCCUGCACAAAACACAGGCUCACAAACUUCAGUAGCGCAUGUAAUACAUAACAAUCAGACUUCAAUCAGGACUUCCAACCAUAAUUCAAGUACGAACGCCUCUGACAUUGCCGAUGCAGCUCGGUGUGCGGAACAGACUGACAGAAACCUGGACAACUACGCGUCGACUUCCAAGGCUUGUCAAAUUAACAAUGUUGCGGCUGCUGUCACGGACGUUGAUGACAUUUAUGAAUCCUGCGCUGUGAACAAUGCAGACAUAUCGAUUUCAUCCUCAUUUUCCGACAGCGCCUACGAUGAGUAUACAAAUUCAAGCUCCUUCAACUGCAUGACGCCCACUCAUUUGCUACAAGAGACCACCUCGAAUUCCCGUUGGCUUGAAGAAAAUCUGAAUGAUUUUUCCUUAACCAGUCUGUUAGGACACUUGGAUGAGAUCAAUGCAACUCGCGAUAUUUUGGACCCCUCAUCGAAUUUGUCGGUGAUCAGCGAGAGCAGCGUUGAUUAUAUGCAUAAGUUUCAAGAGAUUACUGCCUUAAUGCAGAGCCAAGAUAAGGAUUAAAAAUGUUACGCCGAAUUUCGGGUCUGCAGUUGGAAGAUUGAUAUUCAAACUAAAUCUCAGUUUAUAUGGAUCUGACCAAACUAUAGAUAUUAGUUAGUUAUAGUAACAAUACCUAUAGUCUAAGCAUCUAAGCACGUGUGCUCCUGCUUUCGCUACAUUCAGUUUUUAUUUUAUUUUUAGGCAGGACCAAGGUUGAAACAUACACAUAUGCAUGUACGUUUGAGCACUUAUUUAUAUGCAGAAACAAACAUGUUCAUUUAGGCACGAAUAUAUAAAUAAUUCUUACUUCACAGACAAAUAUUUACUAAUUAUAUUUACAAAAAAAGUAGAAAUUACUAUAUUAUUUUUGCUUUAAUCUUUAUACUCAGAAUGAUUUUA